AUGGAGAGGAACGAGAGCAGGAAGAUGGAGAUGGAUAAGCCACCGCUGCCAGCACUGCCAGGGCAGCCAAGGAAGCAACAACUGCCACCGCUGGCAGCACUGCCACUGGUUCCACCGCAGCCACAGCCGCCGCUGCCACCACUGUCCAAGCUACCACAGCUGCCAGCACUGGCACAGGUGCCUCAACUGCCACGACUGGCACCACUGCCCCAGCGGCCACCGCUGCCACCGGUGCCACGGGAGCCCCCAGUGCCAGCGCUGCCCUGCCCAGAGAGCCCCAGGGACACCGGGAGCCGGGGCACAGAGCUGGGCAGCGCGGGGGCACAGGAGGCCCCAGCCCGGCCCGCGCUCGCUGCCGGCGCCAGCUGGGAGCCUCCUCCUCUGCCGGCAGCUCCCUCGGCCGCUCCUGCCAGCCAGAGCAGCCUCCCCGGCACGGCACCGCUGCAGCACCAGCCUGGCACAGAGCUCAGCCUCGUGUCCGACACGCAGCUGCUGCAGGAGCUGCACAGGAGGGGCCUGCUCCGUGCUGCCACAGAUCUCAGCCUCGUCUCGGACACGGAGCUGCUGCAGGAGCUGCACAGGAGGCUCCUGCUCCGUGCUGGCACCACAGAGGCCCCACCGCUCCUGGGGGGCACUACAAGCCAAGGACAGUCCCAGCAGGAAGAGGACAAAGAGCUGUGCCAAGAGACAGGUGGCCUUGGCAAACAAGUGUCCCAAGGGGAAGAUGUCCAGUUGGAAGGGGACUCCAAUGUCCAAGAGCUCUCCCAACUAGAAGAGGACAUUGGGGAACCACUGUCCCCACAGGAAGAGGACAUUUUAAAACCACUGUCCCCACGGGAAGAGGACAUUUUAAAACCACUGUCCCCAGCAGAAGAAAACACUGUCCCGUGUGGCCCCACUGACUCGUCACAGCUGGAGCACCACGGGACUGGGAAGGAGCCGGACGUCGAGUCUCAGCUGCAGCUCCCACAGAGGCGGCCCAGGAGUGGCCUGUUUGGAGGAAUGAAAAGAAUAAGGAACUGGUUCCGCGAGCCAAGAGACGAGGCAGCGGAACGGGAAUACCAGAGGAGGCAGGAGUAUGUGGAGAUGUGGCUGGAAGCCCAUUUGUCCUGCAAUUACAACAUCAACGAAAAGAGGAGGCGGAGGGGUGAAGAGCUGGCGCGACAGAAAGCCGAGCAAAGGGAACGGGAGUACAGGGAGAAGUACGAGGGCAGAGACGACUGGAUUGAAGACUAUUUGCUCCGCAGUCCUUACUGUCCGCUCCCCAGAAAGCCAGAGCAGGAGAGGGACAGGCCCCAAGAGCUGGCCCAGGGGGAGCAGUCCAAGAGCCAAGGACUCGCCCAAGAGAAAGCUGACCAAGAGGAACGGCCGUGCCAAGGGCCAGGGGAGAAUGACCAGGCCAAGGAGCUUUCCCAAGGGCAAGACAACAGAGUCCAGGGGCUGUCCCAAGGGCACGAUGACAAACCCUUGGGCCUGAGCAGCGAGGACGACCCCCUGGAGGGGCCCAGCUCUCUCUGCAUCCCGAGCAAGACCCAGCGGCCUCUGUCUUCCAAGCAAUCAAAGGCAGACACUUCUCCAUCCACCAGUGAGGAGCAGACCCCAGCAGGGUCCCGCAGCUCCUCACAGGGCAGCCAAGUUCUGCAGGACACAGUCCAGCCCCUCAUCCACGACAUCCUGAGCAAGGCUGUGCUGGAGGUGGAGACUUCUUCAUCCAUCACCAAGCUCUGUGGGACACAGCUCAGAAAUUCAUCCAGCACGUUCUGA